AUGGCUUGCGCGCACUACCAUUGCCCCGCGAGUCUGAUAUUCCGGUGCGACACUGGCGCUCGUUUGUGUCAGACUUUGACGCCAAAGAAUCCUCAGAGUUCAUGGCUUGGAACUAAACUUAGGGUUUCCCCAUGCAGUCUCAAUCUCAGAACUCACGUGUCUGUUUCCCGGCGACGCCCCCUCGCCGCCACCGUCUCCUUCAGCCUCCCCACAGCAAAGCCAGAGCGUGCUUCUCCUGGUCAAGAAAUUCCCAAAUGGUCUUCCAAGGCUAUAAAAUCGUUUGCAAUGGCUGAAUUGGAGGCGAGAAAACUUAAGUAUCCGACUACCGGCACUGAAGCCCUGCUCAUGGGGGUUCUCAUCGAGGGUACUAAUCUAGCAGCUAAGUUUUUGCGAGCCAAUGGAAUUACACUUCUCAAGGUUCGAGAUGAAACUGUGAAGUUACUUGGAAAAGCUGAUUUGUUUUUCUUCAGCCCUGAGCAUCCUCCACUGACUGAUGAAGCUCAGAGAGCCCUUGAUUGGGCUGUUGAUAAAAAAAUAAAAUCUGUUGACGGCGGGGAACUUACCACAGCGCACAUACUUCUUGGCAUUUGGUCCGAAGUGGAUUCUCCUGGUCACAAGAUUCUGUCCAACCUUGGCUUCGAUGAUGAAAAAGCUAAAGAGCUUGAUUCCUCAAUUUCGAAACCUGGAUGUACGGAUGAUUGA